GUCAAGUCAGGAACUUACACACGUGUGCAGCAUUCGGGCACAGUGAGGGACAGAUGAAGAUUGUUGGAGAAUGGCUGCAGGACGAAUCGGCGUUGGCACGUGGAACUCUCAAGGAGAGCUCAUGGACUCAGACGUAGGAGUGGUCAUCACGGCUGGAUAGGAAUGCAGCGAACGCGAAAACAAGCAGUUUGCAAACUGUGAAGUCCUCCAGGGUAAUGGAGUUAGUACAUCCUGAAGCUCCUCGUCGCUGUCUCCAUCCAUCUACGAGGAUCCAAGUUGUGCAUUUGGCUUGACGUUCUGCUGCCUUCGAUGUAUCCUCCAGCCUCUCCAUGUCAGCGCCACCAUCGGAAGUCUAUUUUUCAGACUCCUGUCCUCUGCAAAGCCGGUAGUCGAUAGUGGGUGUAUGGGGCUGCCUCAAGAGCAACGGAGUUCCGCAAAAUUACUUCUUCAGCACUCGAGAUUAAUGAUCCAUUCAUGUGUGAAUCUGUCUCUCUCCUCCCUUCCCUCUUUCUCUUCUCUCUCUCUCUCUCUCUCUCUCUCUCUCUCUCUCUCUCUCUCUCUCUCUCUCUCUCUCUCUCUCUCUCACAGCCAGACUCACAAUCGCAUCCACACGUUAUUCUGCGUAAUCUAACGUUUGACUGAGCUGGCUAUCCAUCCAUUCUCACGCCCAGGUGCAUAGGAUGCUCCCUCGCAAGGGCUGUUUGCUCAAUCCCACGAUAGCACUGGAAUCAGUUUCGACACCUGCGUCCACGUGGCAUGUGUGGGCGUGCACACGUGGCUCUUCCUCCUUUGCCGUCGAAUCGCCAGCACGUCCUCGUCAUAGUGGCGCCACCAUGUCUGUUAUACAAGUGGCAAACCGAGUCCGAUUGGUGGCAGGGAGAGCAGCAACUGCUCCUUCCUCCUUCUCCUCAUCCAGCCGGCCAUGUCUCCGUCGGAGAAUAGCUAUCCCUUCUUGUUCUUGUUGUUGUUGUUGGUCCGCCGCUGCCGGUACAAGAUCGGCGGCGACUCGCUCAGCCCCCUCCCUGCUGAAGUUCAACGACUUUAAAGUCCAAAGGCUUUCUGCACAGGGUAAAGCAGCGGGUGUCAUCAGCACGCGCCACGUGUCACAACAUCAACCGCUUGAUCCGGGGCAAACGUUUUCACACGUUGAUGUAAUGACAACAACAUGGUAUCGUCGCGGCACUAAUCGGGCGGUCGGGACACUUCCUCUGAUGGGCUGGGCUGGAAGAGUGAGGAGUCGGGGUACCAAUCCGAUCGCCACCUGCGAAACUCAUUUCCGUCAACGGUGGUGUGCUGCUUCUCUUCCUCCCAUGGCACCACCUCCUCCUCCUCCUCCUCCUCCUGGCCCUUAUGCUACCUCGUCUCCCCUUACUUCGCAGGCGAAUUUGCCCCGAUCAUCUGUGGUCAAGAUGACCAUUCUACGGAAGCUCUCGUCUCACCACUCUCUUCGUUCGACAUCACCUCUCGCUCCGCUCCCGUCUGUUCUUUUCGAUGGGAGAAUGCGCCACGUGGCUACGUCUCUUUCGGCACGGGCUCAUUCCGACGUGGCACGUUUGGAAAUGCCGGAGAUGACGGCGGAGCGCCAGCGAGAGGAAGAUGGGGGGGACGUCGAGCGCCGUUCUUCUACUUCUGGCACCCGAUUCUUCCCAUCCGGCGGUGGGAAUGAUAGCAAGAGGAGCAAUCGUGAAUCGCUAGAUGGGGAAAACGACAAAAGCGGCGUGGGCAGCGCUGAAACGUUCCCGCCGCCGCCGCCGCCGCCACCGCCGCCACCUACUUCAUCCCCUUCGACCCGUGUGUCAUCAUCCCCGCUGCUUGCUCGUCUUCUGUGGUCCCCCCCUGGCUCGUCGUUGCCAUCGUCAUCAUCUUCGUCGUCAGGGGAACCUCCGUUCGCCGGCGGUGGCGCCGGCGGCGAAGGCAAAGGCAAACGUUAUCAAUCGGCCUUCGCCCAGCCGUCGAUGACAAACGAGCAGCUCCAAUCGUACGCUUCGGAUAUAGACAAGGACAAAGAGGUGAGGAAAUUCUUGCGGUCUCUUGGCGUUGAUGAUAGCAAGAUUACCUUCGAUCUGAACCUCGACCCGGUCAUUGUGAAGGAACGCGUUCGGUUCCUGGCCACAGAUCUCCAACUCAAGCCCCGCGAAGUUGCUGACGUCAUCCAGAGAUUCCCGCCUCUUUUAGGUUGCAGUGUGGCGCGCAACUAUCUGCCGGUGCUCAAGUAUCUCCACGACAUCGGCAUGAGGCAAGACAAGUUCCCUGGACUUGUAAUUAAGUACCCGAGGAUACUUUACCUGAGCGUGGUGAUGGAGAUGAUGCCCAUGGUCGGCUACCUCGACGGGAUGGGAGUGCUGAAACGCUAUGUGCCCAGAGUGAUCGAACGCUAUCCCCAGCUGUUUGAUCUGAAGGUUCACGAGACGAUCGCCACGUCGACUAAUUACCUCGUCAGCAUCGGUGUGCCGCGUAGGAUGAUUGGCCCUAUGAUUACCGUUUAUCCCCAGUUGUUAUCCUAUCGGGCGGGGACUGUAAUCAAGCCGUUGGUUGAUUACCUGCGUGGAUUAGGUUUGACGCGCGAUGACGUGGCCGAGAUGAUUUCCGGCACGCCGUUCAUGCUCGGGUUCAGUCUGGACGGCACCGUACGGCCAGUGGUAUCCCGACUCCUGGAGAUAGGCCUGACGCCGGCGCAGCUGCCAGGUGUCCUCCGCACCUGCCCCCAGCUGCUGAACCGCAAUCCCGACGAUGUGUUUCCUCCCCUCCUGGAGUUUUUCGGCAGCAUGGGCAUCGCCGAGGGAGAAGACGGUGUCGGUCGGGUGAUCGGUCGGGAUCCCACCGUGCUGAUCGCAGGCAUCGAGAGGAUGAGAUCCAAGCUGCGGUACCUGGUCGGAAAAGAGGCGGGAUUUUCCGCCGACCAGGUGGCCGUCAUGGUGAAGAAAUGGCCCAAAAUCUUGUCGCUAGGCGUGGCGGGCUCGAUCAAGCCGAAGCUGAAGUUUCUGACGGAAGAGAUGGGUCGGGACCUCGACGCCGUGGUUGGCUUCCCGCAGUAUUUCACCUACAGCCUAGAUGAACGGAUCGAACCCAGGUAUCGACGGAUGAAGGCCAAUGGAUUAGAGUGGCCGUUAUCCUGGAUGCUUGGGUGUAGUGAAGAGAGGUUCCAGGAGAGACUGAAGAUGGGAAUGCCACCUGCUGGGGUUAUCGUGGACGGCGAUGAGGCAGACGAAGAGGGAAGGAGGAGGAGGAGGAGGGUGAGUGAAACGCCGCCAACGAUGUCCAGAGAACUUCAUAAUGAUGAUGAUGAGGAAGAGGAAGAACGUGAGAACGUGGGCCGUGAAGACGAGGGCGAGGAGGAGGAGGAGGAGGAGGAGGAGGAGGAGGAAGGGGAAGGGGAAGAGGAGGAUGGAAUUGAACGACUGGUCGAUGCCAACAGCUUGUUCCAGGGUAGAGAGGAUAGAAGGCAGCAGAAGAGAGAGGACCGUGGAGGGCCGCCGGAACCAGUACAGCGCUUCCAGGAACGGAUGAUCAAGAAGCUCGUAAGAGCCUAUCGACAUGGGAUGAGUGGGUUCGUGUGGGAGGAGGAGAAGGAAAUCAGGCCUGGUCGGGACUUCGUGUCCGGGGCGAAACGCAGAGUGCGGGGUCCUGGGGUCAAAGACGAUGACUUGGGGGAUGAUGACGAUGCUGACGUGGAGUAUGACGAGAGUGAUAUGGAAGAUGAAAAACAUCAUGGAAGACGAUUCGCGAGGAAUGACGAUCGGUUGAAAAAGGCGGGAAAAGGUGGCGAUCGGAUGAAAAAGGCGGGAAAAGGAAGACAGGGAGAGAGCGAAACGUGGAGUGCAGAAGGUUUGGCCAAAGAACGGGAAAGAAGGGGUUCCAUCGGCGAACAGGGAGGUGUAGGAAGAGGAAGGCGAGAUGAUGAGGAGCGAGAGCAUCGGCGGCGCGCAGCGGCGACGGAGGCAGAGGAAGAGGAGGAGGAGGAGGAGGAGGAGGAGGAGGACAAUGUCGCGUCGGCAUCAAGCGAGAGCCACGUGCAAUUAGACGAAGAAGGAGAGGAAGCGGGAGGAGGAGGAGGAGGAGGAGCAGAUGUCAGUGGUAGUGGGGUUGUCAGGGGGGUAAAGGAGGAGGAAGAGGACUUAUGGCAAAAGCUUCUGGGGGGUAUUGAUUCCUCUGUCGCUGAGGAAUUCGAAGCGGAGGAAAGGGCAAAGUUGCAAAAGGCUAAGUCGAGGGAUGUUUUCAAUGAUGGAUUGGAGGAUUAUGUCAAGGACAAGCUCAAGGAUAAGGUUAAGGAUAAGGUUAAAUCUGCUGGUAAGGCUAAGGAAAAAGGGGUCUCCGAUGGGGUUAUUUCAGCGCGUCAACACCUCCGUCACCUUGGGCUCUCGCACGAGCAGACUGCGGCUGUGAUGGAGGCCUAUCCUCAAAUCACCACCCUUAGACUUAAGAAUGCCAUUCCGAGGAAGGUCGCAUUUUUGAACAAGAUUGGAGUAACUGGGGAGGAAGUGGCUGAGGUGGUGAGCAAGCUCCCUCAGCUGCUGGCUGCUGACGAGACGAAGCUUCUUGCCAAAGUGGAGUACCUGAGGAGUGUCGGCCUGAGCGGCAGCCAGGUGGCACGUAUGAUCGUGGGGCAUCCCAAGAUCCUAGGAGUUAGCUUAGAGGAGGGUUUGAAACCCAAGUUGGAUUUCCUGGUCAACGUCAUGGGACGCCACGUGUCAGAGCUUGUCGUGUUCCCGCAAUACCUGACCUUUGGUCUGGACGUUCGAAUACGCCCAAGGCAGGAAAUGGCCAAGGAGAGGGGAUGGGAGGGAAAGACUCUGAGCUGGUUAAUAGGCACAAGCAACGACGCGCUUAGUACGUUCUUGCAGGGAGAUAGGCAGACGGAUCGGAGGGACUCGGUUGAAAGUACGGGGUAAUGAAGCCAAGUUGGCGUCUUCUUCUUCUUCUUCGCAGCGCAGGAUACGGGCUUAUGUGCGCUAACCCGCCCUGGUCUCCCUCUCUCUUUCGUCUUUCUGGUUUGGCCAGACUUUUUCACGUUCCUUGCCGUUUUGCCUGUUCGUCUCCUGCGCUUUCAGGUGCGUCCUAAGUGAGGAAUCUUGUGUUUGGGUGUGCAUGCUCGAUCGUGCUUUGUGUGUGUGUGUGUGUGUGUGUGUGUUGUGUGUGUGUGUGUGUGUGUGUGUGUGUGUGUGUGCGUGUGCUAGCGUGCGUACGGUUGUGUGUCACACACACACACACACACACACACACACAGACACACACAGAGAGAGAGAGAGAGAGAGAGAGNAGAGAGAGAGAGAGAGAGAGAGAGAGAGAGAGAGAGAGAGAGAGAGAGAGAGAGAGACCCAAUUUCUGUUGUUUUGGCAUUGGGCUUAUUUUAAUUGUAUGUUGUCGUUUCGAAUCUGCGUUCCCUGGAGUUGAGAUGGGCUCCUCUCUCUCUCUCACACACACACACACACACAGAGCAGCAUGUGUGCGUGUGUGUAGGUAAACACAUCCCGGUACAGAUCAUUCCCUGCACGCGUGGACAUCCAGGUACAUUGUGACAUAGGCAUCAAUGCACAUGAGGCUAAGUGUAGUGGCGCAUGUGGAAUUUCUCGCCGCGUUCUCUGCGUGUGGGUUAGUGCUUGGCGUC